CAGUCGCAUUCGACGAAAUCGAAGGCAGAAUACGUAGCUAUACGUAGAUAACGCACUCUUUAAAAACACCGUCAGAAGCGGCAAAUUGGGUAUCUUGACUGCAGUCGCCAUGCUUACACUACGGUCAAUUAUUUCGCCUCUGGCGCUAGCUCUUCUUUUUUCACUUGCAAUCGGAAGCUCCAUACCUAACUCCAAAGCUGAAGCAAGUGCCGACGCGAAGCUCUGGGCUCUUCUUGUGGCAGGUUCUAAUUAUUAUUUCAACUAUCGCCACCAGGCAGACAUCUGUCACGCCUACCAUGUUCUGCACAACCAUGGCAUUCCAGAUGAACGUAUCGUGGUUAUGAUGUACGACGACAUCGCUCACGACCCAUCCAAUCCAACGCCCGGAAUCCUCAUCAACCACCUGAACGGCUCCAACGUUUACGAAGGAGUCCCGAAGGACUACACGGGAGACCUCGUCACUCCGAAGAACUUCUUGAGCAUCCUGCAGGGGAAGAAAAUCAAAGGAGGCAGCGGGAAGGUAAUAGCAAGCGGUCCGAACGACCACGUGUUCGUCUACUUUGCUGAUCAUGGUGCUCCUGGACUAAUCGCUUUCCCGAACGACGACCUUCACGCGACAGACCUCAGCCGCGUCAUAAAACAGAUGCACGAGCAGAAAAAGUUUGGAAAACUGGUCUUCUACGUCGAGGCUUGUGAGUCCGGGUCGAUGUUCGAAAACCUCUUGCCAGACGACAUCAACGUGUAUGCGACGACGGCGGCCAACAGUGACGAAUCAUCUUACGCCUGUUAUUGGGACGAUUUCAGACAAACAUAUUUGGGAGAUGUGUACAGCGUCAAAUGGAUGGAAGACUCGGAUCGCGAGGACCUACACAAGGAAACCCUCCUGAAACAGUUCAAGAUCGUCAGGUCUGAGACCAACACGAGCCACGUCAUGGAAUUCGGUGACUUGAAGAUCGCCAACCUGAAGGUCAGUGAGUUCCAAGGCGCCAAGUCUCCUCCUCCCAUUGUUUUGCCCGAAGCACCUUUGGAUGCCGUCGACAGCAGGGAUGUGCCCAUUGCCAUUGUUCGCAAGAAACUUCAGAAGGCGACGGACCCUCAGAUCAAGCUUUCACUGAAACACGAGCUCGACCAAAUGCUUCGAAACCGUGCUUUCCUGAAGGAAAAAAUGGUGGAGCUCGUGUCGUUUGUGACGCUCGGUGACGCUGGUAAGACUGAGCAGUUGCUAAAGGCGAAGAUUCCGCUGAGGGACCACACCUGCUACGAGCAAGCCGUGCGAUACUUUGACGCCACGUGCUUCGAACUCUCUGCUAACCCUCACGCCCUCGCUCACUUGCGCGUGCUCGUCAACAUGUGCGAAGAAAAAAUUUCCGUUAGUGAGAUUCGCGAAGCGAUGGACAAUGUCUGCACCCAUCCAACAGUCGUCGGCAUUGUCUAGUGUUGUACUUCUCGUUGGUUCAGCCUUUUCAUUUUUCUAGGUCGAUGUAACAAACUAAUCAAUACAUUUACCCACACGCGCGAACUGUCCUUAA